AAAGUGUGGUCGCAGCCUGAUUCGAUUUUAUUUUUAAGCGCCACCCUCCCUGUCAGCGGAUUGGUAGGAUGCAGAUCCUUCUUCUCAUGGAUUGGUCGCUAUUUGUAGACCUGGUUGUGUAGCUAGGCUACUGCUGCCUGUACGUGUUCCUGAAACCUUUGUGUCAAAGUGAAAGAAAGAGCACUAGUGUUUAAAAAUCGGAGAGAUGCAGAUUAUUGAGAAACAUUACUUAGCGACUGUGUGUAGCGAGAUAUACUAUGGAAUACACUGAAAGUUUGAGCAGUCGCCGACCAACAAAACGUCUACAAUUUCAACACGGUUGUUUUUAUCUCUUCCUGUCUAGCAUAAAUGAACGAUGUAUUAAAUACACGUUGACUACGUAACUCAUUAAACGUUUAACUGGAAAAUUGCAUUUCACAUUUUAAUAUGACAUGCAUUUGUAAAGUACGUUCACACACAUCAUUGCCUCUAAUUCCAACUAAUAGUAAAAACAACAGUUCUAAUAUGUUAUGGCUAAAAAGAAAGUUGAUUUUUAAACAGCAUUUUACUCACUGUUACCCCUAGGUAUGUUUCAUCAGUUGAACUGGAUGAUAGCUAUUUGUGGUUUUAAUGUUUAACAUUUUGGACAACUCAUUCCUUUGUCAUAUCUGGUACACCUUUUUUUAUAUUAUUGUUACUUCUUGUUCUUUCUGCUCCGUUUCCUCAUCAUGCUUUCAGAGGCAUAAUCAGUGAAGAUGUAGCUUUCGGUAGUACUUUGUUGUUGUAUAGCCUAGAAACUGUUCACUAUUCUCUGUGUCAUUAAAAUUACGUAUUAGAUGUUAGAAAUAUUUUAUAUUUAUAAAAAUCAUUUUCACCUGAAUCGCCAAUAUCUUAAAAAUCGUGUAUUGCUUUUCAUUCAGUCUUUUUUUUUUUUUUCAGGGAUACAGGAGGUGCAGUUUAACGUCGAGGUUUUGUUUUGUUUUUGUUUUUUUAGGCCUGGCCUUGUGUCAAAACCUUUAAACAGCCUUGCUAUAGCUGGACUUGUUCAGACAUGUUCCACGUACUUACUCCACUUUCAAACAUGGACUCCCAUAUGUCCUACAGCACGUAAAUGCAUCAGAUGUGGAUGAAAUAAAACACUGCUCUAGCUUUAGUUUUAAUGACCGAGAGUUUCACAGUGACGCGCUCACGUAGCACCAGCUCCAUCAUUCGGAGGACAUUAACGCUAGAAAGACAGCAGACGCUGGUUUAGGACGGUGUGUCCAAGCUGUUGUGUGCGCAUCAGUCGCCCAUCUGCUUACGAUUCAGUUUACAAAAGGCUGCAGACGGGACAGACGGGCCUGUCCUGUAACUAAUGUGAGGCGGCAGAAAGCUGUAGACAUUUGUUAGGACAUGCACAGGAUCUAAUUCCGGACGGACCCGAUUAGCAGUAACACUCCAAGAUUAAAAAUCUUUGGCUUAUGACUGCUGAUUUUUGGUACUUUUUAAUGGCAAUCAGCUUUAAGCAGGUAGCAACCCGUUACUACUGCUGCCUUUAUGGGACGUUGGUUAAGGAGACUUAACGAUUUCUGUUGUUUUUUGUGUUUCCACACUACAUCUGCAUCUUCAGCAGUGGGGAAACACAUUUAACAGUCUGUUUAUCUUCAUAAGGCGAGGAGGAAAAGAAGAAGCAGCCAAACGUGGUUGUGACUCGUUUUUCUCCCGUGGUGUCUGUGUGGAGCCUGCCACACACCCACUCCACAACAACGACGGCUUUGGCUUGCAUUUUCCAGUGUUUCUUUUGUCAGCAAGUCCAGCAGAGCUGCAACUCUUCCAGUGCCAGCCCUGACACCAGCGAGGAGCCCUGCCCCAUUGACAUGGUGAAGAUGACCAAGUCUAAGACCUUUCAGGCUUACCUGCCAAGCUGCCAUCGCACCUACAGCUGCAUCCACUGCCGGGCACAUCUGGCCAAUCAUGACGAGCUCAUCUCAAAGUCAUUUCAAGGGAGUCAAGGAAGAGCCUACCUGUUUAAUUCAGUGGUGAAUGUCGGCUGCGGGCCAGCUGAGGAGCGGGUACUCCUCACAGGUUUACAUGCUGUGGCUGACAUCUACUGUGAAAACUGUAAAACCACUCUGGGCUGGAAAUAUGAGCACGCCUUCGAGAGCAGUCAGAAAUACAAAGAGGGAAAGUUCAUCAUCGAGCUGGCUCACAUGAUCAAGGACAACGGCUGGGAGUAAUGGAGUCGCCGGUGCUCUUUAUUGAACUGUGUGGAGCAAUGACCUCCCACCGCCCCGAAUCCAACCCAACCCCAACCCCUACAACAGCCCUCCAUAAAAUAGCCUCCACCCACUUGUCUCCUUUACAUGCACACACACAACUGCUCAUCAUGAAACAGAACUGAUAAAAAAACCCGACCAGGCAUCGGAGCAUCUCUUGAAGAUGAUUUAAAAAGAAAAAAAGAAAAUCACGCCAAAGGAGUGCCGUAGUUUACGUUGAAGAUUGUGUGUGUUCUUCUUUGCAGCUCCAGUGCUUUUGGGUUCUAAUCCCACCCACAUACUCUUACCUCGCUCUUUUGUCCCCCAGACUCCUCCACGCGAGAACCACGCAUUCAGAUGGUUGUGGUGAUAGGUCGACUACUCUGUGUGAACGGAGACAGACUUCAUUGAAAAAA